AAAAUUAACAAAAACAACAAUAUAUUUUCUUAAAAAUAAUAAUAAAUAAGAAAACUAACUUGACCAGCUUAACCAAUAUAAAUAACAAUGUGAAGACAAAGGUUUUCUUGUUCUCAUAGAAGAUAUCUCUUUUGGAGAAGCCUCAUGGAGUCUUUAUCAUUGCAAAGUGAGAGAGAGAUAGAAAAAUGCAAUGGUAAAGGUCUGCUUGGGCAGCUGAAGAAGGUUGUUUUGGCUUACAGUGGUGGCUUGGACACAUCAGUCAUUGUCCCAUGGCUAAGGGAGAAUUAUGGUUGUGAAGUUGUAUGUUUUACUGCAGAUGUUGGUCAAGGUAUGAAGGAAUUGAAAGGUUUGGAAAAGAAGGCUAUAGCAAGUGGGGCUUCUAAAUUGGUGGUAAAGGAUUUAAGGGAGGAAUUUGUAAAAGAUUUCAUAUUUCCUUGUUUACGUGCUGGUGCAAUUUAUGAAAGAAAGUACCUUCUUGGAACAUCAAUGGCCCGUCCGGUUAUUGCAAAGGCCAUGGUGGAUGUUGCGAAUGAAGUUGGGGCUGAUGCAGUUUCUCAUGGAUGCACUGGGAAAGGAAAUGAUCAAGUACGAUUUGAGUUGGCCUUUUUUGCUCUAAAUCCCAAUCUAAAAGUGGUUGCACCAUGGAGGGAAUGGGAUAUUACUGGAAGACAAGAUGCUAUAAAGUAUGCCAACAAGCAUAAUAUACCUGUUCCAGUCACUAAACAAUCAAUUUACAGUCGAGACGCUAAUUUGUGGCAUCUUAGUCACGAGGGGGACUUUUUGGAAGAUCCAGCAAAUGAACCUAAAAAGGACAUGUACAUGAUAUCUACAGAUCCAGAAGAUGCACCAAAUGAACCUGGAUACGUGGAAAUAGGAAUUGUGGGAGGUCUCCCUGUAUCCGUCAAUGGCGAGGUACUUUCACCAGCCUCUCUUCUCUCCAAAGUAAACGAAAUUGGUGGAAAGCAUGGAAUCGGGAGAAUCGACAUGGUUGAAAAUCGUCUCGUGGGCAUGAAAAGCAGAGGCGUCUAUGAAACCCCAGGAGGAACCAUCCUUUUCGCAGCCGCCCGUGAGCUCGAGUCUCUGACUCUUGAUCGAGAGACGAUCCAAGUGAAAGACUCAUUGGCCCUGAAAUAUGCAGAGUUGGUUUAUGCAGGUAGAUGGUUCGACCCUCUUCGUGAAUCCAUGGAUGCUUUCAUGGAGAAGAUCACAGAGACCACCACCGGCUCCGUCACUCUCAAGCUCUAUAAGGGUUCCGUCCAUGUCGCCAGCCGCCGGAGUCGUUACAGUCUUUAUAGGGAAGAUAUCUCCUCAUUUGAAAAUGGGCAGAUUUACAAUCAAGCUGAUGCUGCUGGUUUCAUUCGCCUUUAUGGCCUUCCCACCAGAGUCCGGGCAAUGCUCCACAAGGACUUCUGAUCCUCCCUUUGACCAUAAAAUUUGUAGUACUAUGUUCAUAAGAAAAAUUUUUCAUACUACUUAUAUUAGUUUCUUGCUACAAUAGUGGCACUUAAAAAUUA